AUGGACCGUCUCCGAGCUCUUCGUCGCACCGGCCCCGCCACGCCAUCUGAGCGCACGCCUCUUCUGCAAGGAUCCCCACGCCGCGGCCAGACAACAUCCAGCCUCUCGAUAGACGAGCAUGAGGACCUCCCCCACAUUGGUCCCUUCGUGGCCGCAAUGCGAUCUGAGGACCUCCCGAAUUACACUGCCGAGAACCUAUACCCUCCAAGCCUCUAUUCUCGCUCACUUCGGGCGUCCUUCGCGCUAUGCUCGCUCAUGUACUACCGCGACUACCUCAAGGGCCACUCGCCACGCGGGCGCAACAUCUGGGUCCAAUGGACUGAAGAAAAGCGGCGUACAAGUGCACUUCAAGACGUUGACAUGCUCUUAAGCCAGGUGUGGGCACAGUUCAUCUCUGAGGAGGGCUCUCCAAACGAGCUGGAAGAAGUGCUCUGGGCUCCAUUUCUUCUCUAUCCAGAUUCCAAGCUGUCCGUCCGUCUUGUUGAUUUCCUCGCUGCGGGGGAAACACCUGUCGACCUCGUCACCCAUCCCCUGAUACAUUUGAGUCUCCUGGAUACCUGGAGAUAUGGCCGUUCUAGCCGUUCCUCCGACGAUAGUAUUUCAGCCAGGAUCCUCCAUCUGGUUGACGGCAACGGGGUCCCUAGAGGACCACUCAUUGCACUAUACGCGCUAUCGCGGCUAUGUCGUCGGUGGUCCGCGUCCACCCUGUCGUUUGCACUCAUCCUGGGGUCGUUCAUCUCGUUCGUCCCUUCCACACCUCCAGCCACGUCCAGCGCCUUUCUUUUCGCCAUGCUCGCCUUCGCUUGGCAAAUCGUCCUGCUCCAUCUCCCAGUGCACCCUAGUCCAUUGUACCUCCUGCCCGUCGAGCGUAUUCUUCCUUUGACUGUGCUGGUGUGGCGAGGACUGCUCCGGACCUUUCUUCCAGUCACGGCGUUCUUCCUCCCAGGGUUCCUCAUCUCGUUCUUCCUUCUAUCCGUUUCCCUAUAUGACAACUUCUUCGUUCUUUCUUGUGGCCUCUUCGAUCAGGCGAUGUCUUCACCAAUGGAGACUCGAGUUUUGAUAUUCACUCUGUUCAUUGUCAUGUUUAUAUUUCUAUGCUGCGCCCUUGGCGGUGCUGUCCUGGUGCAGCCCUUCCUUACUUCUCCAGAGGGCCCCGCUCCUCUUACUUGGGAUCGAUACUCUCCCUACAUUGGUGUGGAGGCUCGUCGAGUGUUUGCUCGUACAGUUGCGAUCUAUUCUGGCCCAUAUUACUUCCCUGCUCCUCUCAACAUCCUCCACAUACUCUUUGUUCAAUUUCCGGCCGCCGUUGGUGCCAUUGCGGGAUGCAAGUCCCGUUCCAAAGUUUUCGAUGUCGCCGAGAAGGUGUUAUGGAGAGUGACAGUAGCGCCAUUCGCCUUUACCAUGAUGAGCUCACGCAAGAGGGCGAGUCGCUCUGGCGGAAACCCUCUAUCCAAGCGCCGAAGGACAGGUGGAAUCGGACAGCCCACGCCCGACGACGACGUCCCCAUCGCGCAGUCACAAGCAGAGGCGCCGUCCGCCUCGGCGUUGUCGAUCCGGACCGUUGCUCCCGAGCAUGUGUCCUCACUGUCUACUUUCUGCAUCAGGUCGUUCACUCAGAGCUUUCAGCGGCUUUCGGGCGAGGAAGACGUGUGGGAUGACGCGAGACUGUGGCUGAAGGAACUCCCAGACGCCCUCCUACAAAGGGUCUUCACAGCUCUCCGGCAGACAUGUCCCACCUUUCUCCAUCAUGGAUUUAUCGCUACUUAUCUUCUGCGUGGCCACGCAAUAGCUUUGGGUGAAGAUCUCCCCGCUGUUUCCAGGAAGACCAUCCAAGCUAUCGGCGAUGUCCCUGCGAAGGACAAACUUCGUGAGCUGAGUCUGACCGGACUGUCAAAGAUAGCAGACCCUGUGUUUGCGGGAGUCAUAAAGAAACUUCCUUCACUAAGGAAAAUAAAUUUACGCGGCUGCACGAAAGUGUCCCAGAACACUGCUGACGCGAUAGCAAACCACUGUACAUUACUUGAAGUGCUCAACCUCAACUACACUGCGGUGCCUGCAGCCUCGCUAGCCCCCGUACUCCUGAACUGUAAACAGCUGGAGGUGCUCAAGGUGGCUGGCAUUCCCAACUGGACCGACACCACUGUCUCGAAACUGUGGACCGCCCUCGAGGUCUCUGGGGACCUCACGUUCCCAAAUCUCCGCUCACUCAAGCUGCGCCAAGCUCCUCUCACCGAUACCGUCCUCCACCCGAUCCUCGCCGCGUGUCCAGGCUUGCAGCGACUCAACCUCUCAUUCACAAACGUCAAGAGCCUCACCGUCUCGCACGGCACCAACUUGCCCCUCAGCCCCCACCUAGAAAAACUCGUCCUGACCUCGACGAAGAUCUCCGUGCUCGAGCUCCCCGCGCUCAUCAGGAGGCUCCCGAAGCUACGGACGCUGGCCAUCGGCGCGCUCGGCGGUGGGCAGGGCUCCAGCGCGGCGAUAGCAAACACGUCCGCGAUGACGCUCACGGACGACGCGCUGCGAGAGCUCGCGCGCGCGAUCGCGGCGCACUGCCCGGACAUCGAGCGCGUGAGCCUCGUCGGGAACACCAAGCUGGGACUCACGGGCUCGCGCGGGCCCGACGCGGCGCUGAGCCAGUUUGUCCGCGCGGUGGGGCGCCGGUGCAAGGGUCUGAACCUGGCCAGGAUCACCUCGCUCCGCUCUUCCGACUUGGAAGGCCUGGCGGACGCGGACGAUGGAGAAGGCCCGCCGCGGCUGACGCAUUUGAAUCUGAACGGCACGUCUGUAGAUGACACCGCUGCGCCAUAUCUGUCUGCGUGCGUGGAUCUACAGACUUUGGAGCUGGGAGGGACGAAGAUGAGCAGCGUGGGACUCUUCCCUAUCAUCGACGCGUGUGAGAAGCUCGAGAAGCUGGACCUGACAAGCUGUCGAGGGGUCAAGGUCGGCGAGAGGCGUCGCUUCUUUGAAGUUUGGGAAGAAGAAUGGAAGAACACCUGA